CCAAGUAAAAAGCUCAAAAAAACAUAAUCAUACGGAAACCCUUCAUGUGCUAAAACAUAGACUGAAUCCUACAGAUCGUUUAAAACCUGGUGAUUCACUUUUACAAAUCCUUAUUGGUACUCUUUCUAAUUUUUUUGCCCAUUCGCCCGAAUUAAACCUUACUUUGACUGGUGUAAUUUCAGCGCUUGCCAUAUGCCCAUAUAGAUCAUUAGAAGGUUGGUUGGUAUUUAGUGGCGCUGAUAGAUUAGAUAAUCGGAAUGAUUCUUCGACCAAAGAUUUUGAAAGUCUUCAACACGAGGCCAGAAAUCUUGAACUUUCGCUUGGUAUUAUUGCAAGUAAUAAUGAAUAUCUUGGAUCUGAGAAUAGCCCAAAUGAUGAAUUUGAUGAAUCAGAUGAUCGUUCAAUAGAUCAUGAUGUUGAGAAAAGUGCAUCAGCAAAUAAUGCUAUUGGGUCAGUAACAAUGUGGGUUAACUUUCCACCAUUCUUUACAAUUUUUAAAACCUUAACACAACAAGUUGAUUAUUAUCGUAGCGAAAUAGAAAAUUUUGAUCAAUAUCUUGAUGAGAGGAGAAGAAGUUUACUAGACACAGAAGAUGAAAUUGAAGAAAAUUUCUUUAAUCAACAAAAAACAAACUUCACAUCCCGUAGUAGGAGAAACAGUAAUAGUGCCCAUUCUUCAUCCACAGGAAAUUUGCCUAGAAAACCUUCUAGUAAAGAUCUUAGUAGGAGUAACUCUUUGUCAACUUCAACACCAAAAAAGGUUCCAAAAAGGGCCAGUUCACUUUCACGUAAAGAUUCGCUAUCAUCCUCUCCUAUUAAUUCACCAUUAUCAUCAUUUAAAUCCUCACAAUUUUCAUCUAAUCUAAUCACACCGCUUUCAACGCAUUUUCAUGAGACUGAAAAUAUUAAAAUUCAACCACUUUUCCCUGCUCAUUUUGUUAAUGAAGACGAGGAAGACGACCCGGUUGAUCUUGGUGAAGACGAAGAAGAUGAUGAAUUAUUUACGCUUCUUAACAAUGUAGUUAUUUUGGAAGAGGCAAUAAAAGAAUUAGUAGCCAUAAUACAGGUCAGAAGGAGUUUGGGUAUUGAUGAAGUUAGAUAUUUGUAA